AAUUUUGAUACUAAAUUAAUCGGAGUUCCACACAAAUAAUCGGAGUCGUUCAAUUCGUUUAAAAUGAAAUUUUAAAAAUUCUUUUAAAAAAAUCAACUCAUUCCGAUAUUAGUAAGGGUUUGAUUAGUUGAUUUUAAAAACCAAUAUACAGUUCACAUUUGCACUAUCCAUCCCGAUAAUUGAUGCUCUAAUCUAAGCCACAAAGAAAGCAAUGCUCACUCUUCUUUUCUUGACGCUUCUGGCUCACGCCCAACUAGCACUCCCUGCCUCAUCACAACCCAACAGCAUCUUCAUCCUCGCCGGACAGAGCAACAUGUCCGGCCGGGGAGGCGCAACGAGAAACAACACCUGGGACGGCUUCGUCCCACCCGAGUGUAGGCCCAACCCAAAAAUCCUCCGGCUCACGGCAACCCUCGCGUGGGUUCCAGCAGCCGAGCCGCUCCACAAGGACAUCGACGUGUACGCAACCGUCGGGGUGGGGCCCGGGAUGGCGUUCGCCAACUCGGUGCUGGCACGCGACCCGGGCCUCGGAGUGGUGGGAUUGGUUCCCUGCGCGGUCGGUGCGACCACGAUCGGCCAGUGGAGCCGGGGCGGUUUUUUGUAUAGCAAGUUGGUGAGGAGGGCAAUCACCGCCGCGCAAGGCGGAGGGAAGAUCAAGGGGAUGUUGUGGUAUCAGGGGGAGAGCGAUACGUUGAGUUUACAGGAUGCUGAGUUGUAUAAAGCGAGAUUGGAGAAGUUUUUCUUGAAUGUGCGGUCCGAUUUGAAGUCUCCAUUGCUUACAAUUAUUCAGGUGGCAUUAGCAUCAGGACAAGGACGUUUUAUUGGGAAAGUGAGAGAAGGUCAGUUGGGAUUGAACCUAAGAAAUGUGAAAUGUGUUGAUGCCAAGGGGCUGCAGCUGGAACCAGAUUAUGUGCAUCUAACCACUCAAGCUGAGGUUCAACUUGGAAAGAUGUUGGCCGAUUCGUUCCUCCAUACAUGACCCUGUUUAAGUGUUUGUUCAAAUUAAUGGAUAGUUGAAAGAAUAUGUGACUUUAUGAGUGAAUUAAUUAAUUCACUGGUUAUUAGGAGAAAAAUAUUGGCUAAUUAAGGUGUCUGUAUGAGAAGAUUUUAUCCAGCUCACAUAAUAUCAAUUCCUAUGAACAAUAGGAUGGCUCUCGCAGUAAUCUAA